AUGACAAAUGGAGAAUUAGAAAAAGAACUGGCACACAAUGAGAGAAUCAAACUAAGUGGAUUUGUGCCAAAACACACUGAGAAACAUAAAGAACUGGCUACUGAGUUAAACAUUAAACUUUUUGAUGCAAAAUUCAUUUCUGGGUAUUCAGAAACAGAGCUGCUAGCCCAUCCACCUGAUGAUUUGAAAAUUGAUGUUUUGAUGAUGCAUUGUUAUGGAUUUAAUGUAGGACGACAAGCACAGGUUAUAAAAGAUAACAAAAACUGUAUAUGGGCUAUUGUUGUGCAUACAAUCUGUGAGGAACUGGAGAAAUACUUAAAGAAAACACAGUCAAGUGAACAAUCUGAAGAACAACCAUCUGCAGAGCAUGAGCUACAGGUGACAUUGUGUGAAAAAGCUGAUCUUGUCAUUGCUGUGGGCCCUAAAGUUGCAGAAGCCUACAAGGCUGCAUUGAGCUACUGUGGGAAAGAGGGAAAUGUUUUUACCCUAACACCUGGAAUUUCAGAAAAAUACUCAAGUAUCAAUUGGCAGUGUGAGAAUGCUGCAAGUGAAAAUUUCCGUGUACUAGUCAGUGGUUCCACCAAGUAUUUCCAUGUCAAGGGAUGUGACAUUGCAGCUCGUGCUAUCAGUGUACUGCAGGAUGCAUCAUAUCAUCUGAUACUUGUUGCACAGCCUAAAGAUGAUGAUGAUGAGCUUUAUGAAGCCAUGCAAAAGGAAGAAAUAAGUUUAAAUCAGCUGACCAUUCGUCAUUGCUCGGCUGGGGACACAGAAACAUGGUUUAAAUAUCUUCAUGAAGUAGAUGUUCUCAUCAAGCCAUCAAGAACGGAAGGCUUUGGAAUGAGUGGUCUCCGUGCCAUUUCAGCCAAUGUUCCUGUUCUGAUCAGUGGAAAUACUGGGCUAGGUAUGACCCUCAAUACAUUAAAAUAUGGACCAGAGUUUGUCGUGGAUUCUGAAGACCCCCAGGCUUGGGCUGACAAGAUAAGGGCAUUCAGGGACAUGGAACCAAAGGCACUUCGCUCAAAAGUUGGAAAACUGAAAAAGGAAUACAUGAUAAAAUAUAAGUGGAAGGAACAAUGUGAAAAGCUGGUGGACAGAUUUUUUGAUAUGGUCCAUGGCCAGUAAGGACAUAUAACUGGUGUAAUAAUGACAGUCCUGUAUAUUGUACAUGUACAUGUAUGUAAAGUCAGCUUGUAUAAAUGUGACUCUAAAUUUAAGAGCACUAAUAAUGACUGUGAAGGGAUAUGUGGAAUGUCGAGGCUCUAAAAUACAUGUAAGUUGUGUGACGUCUAAUCUAAUACCAUAUUCUCCUUUUGAUUUAUGGGUCAGACAAAUUAGAAGGAGUGCCAUGGAGUUUCAUAUCAGUCACUUCUUCAUAAUGAUCUAAUUAAUUUUUCUCCACAUUGAAUUGCAUAUCUUAAGUAUUGUCAUACAUGGAGGAUAUGACAGCAAAAUGUUUACACAGUCAAUUAAAACAGUAAAGAUCAUGUGAUGAAUUUGAAGGAAAUAACCCAGGAAUACCUUUCAAAUUGUAAAGUGUUUUCUUUUGAGAGGAGCUUCCCAGGUGAGCAUCUUCUUCUUGUGACAAUUAACUUGCAGUGUACAGGGUUGUCAGUCAUGCGAUCUAGUGAGGUCAUAAUAGACCUUUCCUGCCUUCCAGUGUAGACAAGAAGUCGAAGCCCGGGUUGACAGAAUACAGUUACAUUAUUUUGUUUGCUGCCCUAUAGUGAAUGCAGGAAAAUUAUUCACUACACACAGGCGGCAAAAUUUUAUUUCUCAAAUUUUCUUCAUCUUGGAACUCCGUUAUAAUAGCUGUGGUCACACUACAGAGUUUAACCUAGGUAAAACCGAUUUUCCUAGGGCAAAUUCAUCCAAAAUCUCCCGCGGUAAAUUCAUCUCGGGUUUUGUUUUACCUAGGUAAAAAUACUGGGAAGGUCACACUACUGAUUUCGGCUCCCAAAGUUUUCACGCCAGUUGAAUUUUUUGGAGCGUAAAUUCAAGAUGCCAAAAUGCGCAGGGAUCUAGCUGAUCAAAGAGAUGUUUUUUUCUUUUAUCUCGCUGUUAUUUCUUGCGCUAAUUCAAUGUGCAAGGUGAAGAAAGGCAAAGACGUGGAUGACUCGUGCCCCAAAAAUUUCUUUCACAGCGUGAUCUAUGUCCGGUUCUGUCAUCAAGACCUUUGCCGAUGAGCGUCUAUUGGCUAGCAACCUCGGUAUUUCAUUUUUCCCUAGCUAUUGCUUUGGGGAAGCUGUCAAGGGAAACUCUAUUGUUCUCGAGACAUAUCCAAGACCCAGAGGAUAAAAUUUCCCCGAGGUAAGUUACCUAGGGACAAAUCGGUCACACUUAAAAAAUCAAGUUUCCCUAGGUAAACUGUCAACAAGUCGUGUUUACCUAGGUAAAAAGUCUGUAGUGUGACCACAGCCAUUAUAUAGCCAAACCAUGCUCUACAGACACCUGCUUAAUACGGACACCUCAUUGUUAUGGACAGUUUGCUUUGUCCCUGGGGAUAGAAAUCCGUUACAUUUUCUCUAAAAUUCAACCCGCUUAACACGGACACCCUAUUAAUACCAACACUUUCUAUGCCCCCCCCCCCCAGUAUCCGUGUUAACAUGGUUUCCUGUAUAUGUAUGUUGCAAUAGUGCAAAAUAUUCGCUGAAAUUUAGCUAAGUUUCAUAAUGUAAUUUGAAAUGUUGAUCGAAUUGAUAUGAUACAGUAGUAUCUAAAGUAAAAUCAGUACUACAAUCAAAUUUGGUGGUGUGUUUAGAAAAAAAGAGUUUAGAGGUUUUAGAGUACUAUAGUAUACUAUAUAGUUCAUAAUUAUUAAUAUUAUAGUCUAGUUUUUUAAAAUUAAAAUAACUUUGAGGGACAAUAAUACAAUGUAUUAAGUUAUGUAAAACAGUGUCUCGUAAUAAUAAUGUAUAUUAUUUUAUUAGUUUUCUAGACAUGUACAUGUAGAAUUUAUAUUAGUUCAAAAACUAAAAUUAUAUUUAUUACCAAAGGAUUAUUUUUACCUUGUUUUACUUUUCUUUGAACAUUAGAAUACUGAUCAUGAGUUCUCAACACUUGUUUUCCUGUUGAUUGGCCAGAUCCAAACCUUCAAAACUUUCUGCACGGGUGGGGGGGGGGGGGGGGGGGGGUUGGAAAAUUAAAAAACAGUCUUUGGGGAAAAAGAAAAGGUUUUAUUUUUCCCCAAAAAUUUUUUGAAACUUUAAGAUUUUGGUGGAAAGAUUAUAAUUUUGAAAAAAAAUUUGACAGGGAGGCCAAGAGUUUUGAGAUGAAGUUUUUUUUUAUUUUCUUUACUGGAUAUGNAGAUAAUGUCUGAAGUUACAAUGAUAUUGAAUUUAUUGCGGUAAAAGUGUUCUUUUAACCCGAAAUGUGCUGAAUACAGUCUGCUCACUGAUUUCAGUUCAUGAACCCUUCUCCCAGUUCUUCCCCAGGGCUUUUGCAAAGAAAUCAGUAAGGACCUUGGGGAAAGGUUGUGCAUGGGCAAAAUAUGUAAAACUGAGAUUGAAUGUUCAGCCAAUAAAAUUAGCCUUUAGUAGGCUACACUUUAACUUGCUUUGGUAUCUAAUAGGCUAAUUUUAAUAAUUUUCCACAUAGAGAUUUCGUAGCCAUAAUGUCCAAUUGGAUGCACGGAUGUAAUCGCAUCGUUGAAACACAAAAAUUUGCUUUAAUUAAGUGGUUUGUAAUUGGCCACCUUAGAGAAAUGAUAACGAAAGGAUUGUGGGUAGAUCGUCCCAAAGCCGAAUGAACUUUUAACCUGAAAAAGACCUAUAGGUCACUAGCAGGCUGUGAUUGCGGUAAUUUCUUUUCUCAUUAGACGAAAGAAUCAACGGAAAAGCUCCCCGAGGGGCACUCUCUUAUUUGCCUAAAUGGGUCUGUGCUGUAGCCUGAAUGGCAGGUACAGAAAAGGGGAGGGGGAGGAGGAGAAAAGCCCGAGGGGUACCCUCUAUAAUGGCCUAUGCAGGAAGGCUCCCUUUUUCAUGUUUCAGGUAUGUGAGAGAGUAGGGAUUUCACUAGGUAUGUGAAAGGGUGGGGACAUCUGCUAUAUUGGUCUGUAAGAUACAUUUUAUGGCUGUAAAAAAGUCGAGAGAACUGGUGUUGUGAUUUAUCCCCUGGAUUUUUUCAAGACAGUGCGUUUACAGCAGUUAAAAGGGAUGUAAAGGACAGUUAUAGAGUUCCAACGCCUUUUAGCACACGCUAAAUUAACAUUCGCGCGCGACUAACAGUGCAUCUCCCCACCCCGAAAACAGUGUUGAAACCGUCAAAGCACAAUUUCUUUGAUCUUUCAACAUUGUAUUGGGUGGGAAAGGGGGAGGGGUUAACGGUUUUUCAAAGGACAGCACUGCUUUUCCCAACAUUACUUGUGAUACAGAUAGAACUGCUGUUAUACUCCUCAGGGCUGCUGUCCCAAGAAAUUUUGUCCAGGAUUGUAGGUAUGUGACGGGGGUUAGGGUACCAUUUGUCAAUAGAAAGUAUACGAAAGGGGCUGCUUUUCUGCCCAGAUGUAUACUGAAAAGGGUAAGGGGCUGGACCUCAAGACGGAGCCUUCUUACUGAAAACUUUGUGGAGUUUUCCCUGGGAUGAAAGGGAAAGGGAGGAGGGCCUUUACUUCUCUACCAAUCAACAACAACAUAAACUUUAUUAUAUUGAACAAAUAUAUAAUUACAUCAAUAUACAUGGGAAACUAGAAAACUUUGACGGUUUUUUUCAAGGUUCUCCUAUUAUCUAUUAUGUUUUCUUAUCAGGUCUGGACGCCACGUGUAGCGUAAUCUAACCAUAAAUUGAUUUCAAGAAUUUAACUUCCACAGCAUUAAGAACUGUCUAAACACUGUUGUGAAAAAAUAUUUAUUUCCUUUUUAUACUAUAUUGUGAUUUUGUGUUCUUUAAAUCUUCUGGAAUGGAGUUCAACUUCGUCCUUUUACACUGUAUUGAAUCAUAGCCAUAGUUUGUUCUGUAAUACUGCCUAUGUAUAUUAUUGCUUCGCCGUGUAGAAUAAGAAUGAAGUUGACUAUUCAAAAUAUAAAUAUCUCUAAGAUUAUACGGCAACACGAGCCUGACGGCAACUUAUUAUUAAAUAGGUCAAACUCAGGCUCACUUGUGCAAAUUCGGGGAAAUCGCCAUCCAGCGAGGAAUCUGGUUUCUGUCAAGUCAAAUGAACAGGGUGUAUGCAAAACAAAACCAAUUAGGUUAGUAGAAUAAGGUCUCUUGUCUUAAACUUUAUGGGAAAUGAGCAAUUCUUUACCGUCAGGCUGUCAGGGUUUGGAGGUCUCGGAGGCCGUGCGAGGCACCCCCUCUACCCAAACUUUGCUAUGGGCAGUCCCCUCUCGGGGCUCCACCCUGCGUGGGGUAGGUAAAGCUACACACCCGACCUUCAAGUACACGUGCAAAUUCGAUUCGCUUGGUAAACAUCGUCCCCUGGGCCAAGCCGAAACGUAAGAAAGAAUGGGGAAGAGAUACUAAAAUUGGGUAUGAUCUCAGGUUAGACCUCGUAGUCUCAUCUCGCAGCCGCCCCGCCCUCGCAUCAUGAUGAGAAAGGGAAAAAUCCCUGUCCCACAGACCUUUGCGGCCUUUUGGCGUGAAUGCAGUUAUGGCGGCGAGUUUGAGAGAUGAUCAACCAUGUCUGCAGCCUCGCGGCUUAAAUUUUGGCUUGAAUGGUAAUUAUAUUCUCAGUGAGACAAGUAUCAGUUUCUAGCUUAGCAAUUUGGUAACAACAGAUUGGUAAUUAAUGUAGCUUUAGACAAAAAUAUGCUGUGUAUUUUCAGUACCGUGUACGGGGAAUUAUUCCUUCUUAAAGAAGGAAUACAAUGAAGCUUUUGAAGUAUUUUCAGUUUUCAUUCUAGUAAUGUUACACGUGGCUUGUGUGUAUUAAAGGCACUUAAGUUCCUCUAUUUCAUCCCAAACAUUGAAACUUUGAGAAAAUGCGAAAAAUGCUCUCAUUACAAUUCUCUUUUCAUCCAAGCUAGCACUUCCGGCAUAUACUUUUUUAAGUUCUUGUUGUGGCUAUAAGCUUAUAUGUAGGCUUAUAUGCAGAUCGAUCUGUGCAGUACAAAUACAGGGCCCCAUCUUUGCAUCUUAUUGUAGCCUGUGGGCUGGCUUUUCUUGUAAGGAUGUGAGAGAAAUGUGUGGGUUAAAAUGUUUUGGAGCUGUCAAUUCUGCCCUCAGGUCUAGUAAGCAGUGACCGGUCACAUACCCUAGUUUCAAAUAAACAACCAACAGGUGGGUUUUAUGCGGAUAUUUUUGGACCCCACUGAUCUUCAUUGAUGGCGUCGAAACUUGAAAGAAAAGUAUAAAUACAAGUGAAUUACUGUUUUUGUGAAACUCCACACUGUCAUUUAACCAGGGAAUAGAGUUAAUCUUUGUUCACGUUUAAUACUGUCGGUUGCAUCUAUAAGCGUGUACACGUGAGGAAAAAACGUGUUCUAAUUUAUUGGGUGCAAAAGUGACAUGUUUUGGCACCAAACGUUCGAAGUUUGGAGUAGGCAGCUGUUGUCGACUUGAUUUGUUUUUGCUCAACAAAAUCAGCGGAACGUGCUGAUCAAAAACAAAUAAACAACUUACCUUUGGCGUGGCAGUUUGCUUUAACGGCUGUCAAAAUUCAAAUGUUUGGCGACGAAACACAUGAUGUCUGGCACCCUAUUACAACAUGUUUUUUUUGUCUCGUAUCCAUGCUUAGAUGCAAAUGACGGUAUAAUGUCCAACAAUGUUCAACAUGUUGAAUGGCUUUAUGAAUGUUGUGUGAUAUAAUGGAGGUGGGAUUGUUUAAUGACUGUUGAACGGGAGCCCCAUAAUGGUUGUUGUGUUGUCAACAAAAGGUCAAAUCAUGUGCAGGCAGUGUAAUGUAGUUUGUGGAAUUUUGUAUCAGUACCUUUGCUACACUAUUUGGAACUUGUUCCAUUUUUAUCAAAACUCAGUGCUGUAAUAGUGUUUUUGUUGUUGCUGUUGUUGUUGUUGUACUUGUUUUUGAGGGGUUUCAUUUAAGUACUUCUAAGCUUUCUAAUUUGCUUUCUAGGUGUGCCUAUACAGAGAAUUACACUUGCAUCCAAUGCUGAAGGAUGGGACAAGAUGGUGAAUGGCCAAUUAGAAAGUACACUGGCUCUGGAUGAUAGAGUCCUUGUCACUGGAUUUGUACCAGGAAACACUCUGCAGCAAAGAGAACAUGCCAGGGAGUUAAAUAUUGACCUUUUUGAUGCAAAAUUCAUUUCUGGCUAUUCACCAACAGAGUUGUUGGCCUAUCCUCCUGAUGAUCUAAACAUUGACAUUUUGAUGAUGCAUUCUUAUGGGCGUGAUGUUGGGCGACAAGCUCAGAUCAUUAAGGACACUAAGAACUGUAAGUGGGUUCUUGUUGUGCAUACAGUAAGUGAGGAACUGGAAAAAUAUGCACAAAAAGCAGCCUCAAGGGCAGCUGUGAACGAACCAAUAUCUGAACAUGAGCUACAGGUGAAACUCUGUGAGAAGGCUGAUCUUGUUGUUGCUGUGGGCCCAAAAGUUGCAGAAGCUUACAAGGCAGCUUUGCGAUACUGUGGUAAACAGGAUAGCGUUUUUACCCUCAUGCCAAAAAUUUCAAGUGAAUUUCUAGGUGUGCGUCAGUCAUCAGACACCAAGUCCUGGGAUACAGGUGAAAAGUUCCGUAUACUGAUCAGUGGUUCUGCCAAGUAUUUUAAAGUCAAGGGAUGUGACAUUGCAGCUAAAGCUAUCAAUCUACUGCAAGAUUCAUCUUAUCAUCUGAUUCUUGUUGUACUCCAAGAUGAUAACAUCGCUGAAAUUCAGCAAGCCAUGUAUGAGGAAGGAAUCAAUGUGAAACAACUGAUAGUGCGGAGAUGUUCUGGGACCACAGAAGUGUGGCACAAAUUGCUUUGUGAGGUAGAUCUUCUCAUCAAGCCAUCAAGAACAGAAGGCUUUGGAAUGAGUGGUCUCAGGGCUAUUUCUGCUGAUCUUCCCCUCCUUGUCAGCAGAAGUUGUGGGCUUGGCAUUGCCUUGAAGAGUUUACCCUCUGGUAGAAACCAUGUGGUUGAUUCUGAUGAGCCAAAAAUUUGGGCUGAUAAGAUCAAAGAAGUCAGGGAAAAGGGCUUCAAGACUUGCCAUGUUCAUGCUGAGCAGCUAAGAAGUGAAUAUACAACAAGAUUUCUGUGGGAGGAACAAAUUGACCACUUGUUGAGAAUAUUUUCAGAGAUGGUAGCACAAAAUCAGGGUAUGAAAAGUGCAGCAAUGUAAAAUGUUUAUUUAUGUUUUUGAAAAUUGUGCUAGUAAAUGGGGCAAACGUAUGGAUGGAUUGGUUCAAAACAGUGUUUGUUUAGACUCAUCAAAAUGCAACCAGGUGAAUUCAAUUUCAAUUUCAAUUCUUCUCGGAAAGUUCCUCUUUCUUGUUUACUGUGUUUUUCUUUGUACUGCUUCAGGAAGCCUUCCAUAGUGUUUGACACUACUCUUGUUCGUUGUUAGGUUUCUCGAUCUUCCAUUUCCUAUUCACAAAUUUUGGGCAGCAACCAUAAUUUUCUGAAAAAAACUAUCAAAGGAUCUUUGCAUCUUAUCUGUAUAAUAAACAGGUCACACGAACAAGCCACUUCCAAAAAUGCAAAAGACGAGAUGGUGGAGGUAUAUAAAGGUUGUGUCCUGAUCUCCCCAUCCAACAAAAGCCUGGUUACCUUUGGUCACCUUGAGUUUCAUGAAAUCUAUGUUUUUCAUAUUGUUCAAUCAUGCUGUAAGCAUAUCUUUCACAACAAUUUGUUCAAGAUAGAAAACAAUUUUAUACGUGAAGAGAAAAGAAACACAUCAGCCUUUUGUGACCAAAAUUAAUGUUCAUUUGCAAGAAGAGUUUCUAUGAAUGAAACUACUUAUUUAACAGUAAUUUUUGCUAACCAUGUCAGGUUGCUCGGUCGGCACAUUUUUAGUAAGGAAUUGUUGGACACUACGUGUACUAACCAUUGGUUAACUGGUUACCAUUAAUUUCGAGCCCCGAGUGGCAUCUGGAAAAGAUGGUAUUGAUUCACGUCACUUCCCUUUUGUCAUUGUAGAAAGAGUUAUUGCUGAAGCUGACCGGGUCGAUGGAAGGUUUCUUGAUGAGGAUAUCAACCCAAGUAUUCAAGAGUCAAACCAAGAUGUGAGUGGUCGUGAUAGAUUGGAUGCAAUGGCAGUGGCCCGACAGGUAGAUACCUUAAAGAGAAGUCAUGUAUUGUCAACUAAAGUGUGUGACUUGCCUGUGCAAGUUUAUAAACAGAUUUGUGAGCAGUUGAAUGUCAAGCGAGAUGAGAAAUUUGAUGACUUCAGGAUUCUUGCUGAGAAACUUGGAUUCUCAAGGGAACAAAUACGCCAUUUUGAGUCGAAAGAUGACCCCACCGAUGAAAUUCUGACGUCGUGGUCUUUAGCAAGUGGUGAAGCAACAGUGGGAAAGCUGAUUGAAUUGUUGAAUGGGGAGGACCUUGAACGAUGGGACGUGGCAAAGACUCUUGAGCACUGGGUAGACGAACAGAACUUCCAUACUUAAUCUGACAACGAAUUUGUUUCAAGAGCUUACUGAUCUAUCAGAUCAUGUAGUUAUUGCUUACUUGAGGAGUAAUGGUGACACUUAAGUAUAACUACACAGCAAAGAUAAUUAAAUGCUUUACUUCUCCCUCAGUGGCAAGUUCCAGAGGGUGGCCUCCUUUGCCCCAGAAGGGUAUGUGCGGCCAAACAGGGUAUGGUUUUUCAUUGUCUUGAGUGUAAAUAGGGUAUACAAUUUCACUAUUUGACGUCUUUAACAGUAUUUCAUUCUCCUUUUUGGGGAGAGGGGCACUCCCAUAUAAAAGUGUUGGAGAUGCUCACGCUCGUUGUCUCACUUAGGGGUAGAAAUUGCAGAUUUUGGUCUCACUUAAGGUAUUCAGGAUGCAAAGCCAAUAUUCUUUCUCAUAAAGAUAUCCAGGGUUAUGGGUAAAGAAAUAUCCAGAUAAAAUAAAAGCAAAUGACACCACAAUCUGCUGGAGUAUGCCUUUUUGGUCUUCCUCCUUUGAAGGAGACCAAAAGGUGGGCCAAUAAUUAAAGUGCAAGCCACACAGAUUAGUUUGCUGAAGGAGUCACCCCCUGGGUACCCUGCCAGCACAGCCUUUCUUUCGCUUGCUUGAUUUUGGAAGAAAGACUCUGCAUGAAUUGAGUAAGAUCUUUGUUAAGUGUGUGCGGCAUGUUGCUAGGAUACAGUUUCAAACCCAGGCCUACAUGUAAUAGGCGUGUGUUUGCUACAGUGUUCUCUGGUCAUCGGUUCUUCAAUAAACAGAUGCUUGCACUCCAAAAAACCAGGUUGACAUGAGGAAACAAGAUUGACUAGUUCAGAAGUUUGGGCUGUGGCAACCUUAAAGGUUUGACAUGAUUCGGGCAGAGUUUCCUUUUCUCCGAUCAAGAAGACAAAAGGAGGCUCUGUUUGCAGGAUACCCCCUGGGGUCAUUCUAGACCAGAAACCAUGAAAAGGCACUGGAAGUGGGAGAACGUUGGCAAAGCACAGUAUACAUUUUUUUAAAAUCUAAUUCU